GGUGUGAGGUUUCAAAUCAUCUCGCUUCACGGUGGUCGCUCGCAAGCCACACACGCACGCACCCCCACCACUCCUCCCAUUCGAGACCCCGCGGGGCUCUGGAUUGCUUGCUCGGAACCUGGGAUGCACUGCCUCGCCUGCGCCGCUCCGGCCGCGCGCGCCCCGGGCAGUCGCGUCGGCGGCGGCGGCCGCCGGAGGAUGGCUAUCGAGUGCGCCGCCUCCUCCCCCUUCACCCGCGACGGCGAGGAAACGGCCCCGAGGUCAAUGAUGGAAACAUAUGGUGAAAUGUCAAGUAAACCUGUAUUGCUUGCGUCAAGGAGGAAGCUUGUUGCAUUAUCAUCGUUUUGCUUUUGCUUACAUUCUUCAAGGUACUUCUCAGCACUUGCUUUGGGUGAUCCAUCUGUUAAAAUUGAUGAUGUCACUCCAAAGAUUUUUCCAUCUGGUCCACUGUUUCCAACUGAGAAACGGAUCGCAGAGCUUUUUGAAACAAAUACUUACUCUGUUGUCAACAUUUUUGAUGCAACUCUGCGCCCUCAGCUCAAUGUAACUGGUGUUGUUGAGAUUCCCGAAGGAAAUGGUUCUGGCGUAGUUUGGGAUGAUUCCGGCCAUAUUGUUACAAACUACCAUGUGGUUGGCAAUGCCCUUUCAAAAAAACCAAAGCCUGGCGAAGUUGUUGCGCGUGUCAACAUUCUUGCUGCUGAUGGGAUACAGAAAAAUUUUGAAGGCAAAUUGGUUGGUGCUGACCGUUCUAAAGAUCUUGCUGUUCUCAAGGUGGAUGCUCCUACAGAUCUGUUGAAGCCAAUUAACGUGGGACAAUCUUCAGCUCUAAGAGUUGGUCAACAGUGUUUAGCAAUUGGAAAUCCAUUUGGCUUUGACCAUGCUCUAACUGUUGGUGUCAUCAGUGGUUUAAAUCGAGACAUUUUCAGUCAAGCUGGAGUAACAAUUGGAGGUGGAAUUCAAACAGAUGCAGCUAUUAACCCUGGGAACAGUGGUGGUCCAUUGCUGGAUUCGAAGGGGCAUAUGAUUGGUAUUAAUACAGCAAUUUUCACACAGACAGGAACAUCUGCUGGUGUUGGUUUUGCCAUCCCGUCAUCAACUGUUCUGAAAAUAGCUCCUCAGUUAAUUCAGUUUGGAAAAGUUCGCCGUGCUGGCUUGAAUGUGGAGUUUGCUCCAGAUCCAAUCGCAUAUCAGCUUAAUGUUCGCACUGGAUCUCUAAUAUUGCAGGUUCCUGGGGGCAGUGCUGCAGCCAAAGCUGGUCUUGUUCCUACCAGUAGGGGUUUUGCUGGUAACAUUGUUCUUGGUGAUGUCAUUGUUGCCGUGGACGGUAAACCUAUCAAAGGCAAAUCUGAUCUAUCGAGGGUUCUGGAUGAUUAUGGCGUUGGAGACAAGGUGAGCUUGACAAUCCAAAGAGGCGCUGAAACUCUGGAGGUAACCUUGCCUUUAGAAGAGGCAAGUAUCUGAUGUAUUUCUAGCAGUAAGUUGGCAUCCCCGAUCUAUUGCUUUUGUAAAUAUCGCAUUUGCUGAGCUGUUCAUGCUUCCAACCUGAAGCCUUUUUCGUUUGUUUCUUAAAUACUAAAACGAAUCGAUUCAGAACUCUCUCUCUCUCUCUCUCUCCUCUCCAUAGAUGGUGCCUCAAUAUACAUCAGAGUUUCUGCUUAUUAUACGUCAUAAUCCUUUGAAGAUUAUGAUGCAGUCAGUCCAUCCUGAUGAUCUCAUUGAUGUAAGUAUAUGUAGGUAACCAGCUGAAAUUCCUUCU